UUGUGUCCGAGAGAGAGGACUAGUCAGCCAGCCAGCCUACAAAUGAAGGGUAGCUCCAUCAGUGAGGAAGAGCUGGGUGGUCUUCUUCCUCUUCUCCAUGGCAGCCUUUUACAGAUUGGCAGCACUGGGGGUGGCCGUCGGACAGACAGGUGUGGCUUGGAGCACGCAAGCAUGGAGUCCUAGCCUGUACAUCGUUCAGCCCAUACUACCAUACCAAGUAAAUGCGGCCACAUCCAGCAGCAUAUGAUUCCAUGUGUCACAACGACGUAGCUGCUACUGCUACUCGUGCUUGCAGCCACGCAGCUUGUGACGAUGCGAGUGUGUAUCCGACUGGGCGCGAUAAGAUCAUAAGAAACAGCUCUGCUGCAUCGAUUGGCGCCUAUGCCAAGGCAGCAGCAAGAUGGCAGCCUUCUUGCGGUCAAGCUUCUUAUCAGCCGAGGAGGUCUUCAGCGGCUGCCUGCUGGUCGCCGGUGACCUGCAACCUCCACGAGGUAGCGGAGGAAGCCAUCAUGGCAGCAACUCCGAUCCGCUGAUGUCGCCGGACUACGCAUCGAUAUCAUAUACUUGCAAUGGAUCUGUUGAUAUCAGAGGCAAUCCAGCAUCUAAAAACCAUACUGGAAAAUGGAGGGCCUGCUACUCGAUUCUAGGUGGUGAAUUUUGUGGAGCAUUAGCGUACUAUGGAGUUGGGACAAACCUGGUGAGCUACCUUACCAAGGUGCAGCAGCAAAGCAACGUUGCUGCAGCGAGCAAUAUUGCUUCCUGGCAAGGCACCUGCUAUCUUAGUCCCCUUCUUGGAGCAUUCUUGGCAGAUUCAUAUUGGGGAAGACACCGAACAAUCGUGAUUUCUCUGACAACUUUUACAAUCGGAAUGAUUUUACUGACGCUUUCUGCCAUUGCUCCAGCAAGCAUUCAUCCAGUUGUGAUUUCACUUCAGCAUGCCUUGCCUUUUCUGGGCCUAUUCUUGACUGCUCUGGGCUUAGGUGGCAUCUGGCCAUGUGUUCCCACAUUUGGAGCUGAUCAAUUUGAUGAUACCGAUGGGGCAGAGAAGGUGCAGAAGGAGAUCUACUACAACUGGUACUACUUUGCCGUCAAUGGUGGUUUCUUCUUCGCAAGCACGGUGCUAGUGUGGGUUCAGGACAACUGCGGUUGGGGAUUGGGUUUCGGGAUCCCUACAUUGUUUUCAGUGAUUGGAAUUAUUGGAUUCCUUGCCAGUAUGAAGCUAUACAGGUAUCAGAAACCGGGAGGAAGCGCGCUUACUAGGAUUUGCCAGGUUGUGGUUGCAAUGACUCGCAAGAUCAAUGUUGAUGUGCCGAAUGAUAGCUCUCUUCUGUAUGAAAUUCCAGGAAAGGAAUCAGCAAUUGUCGGGAGCAGGAAGCUGAUGCACACUGAUGGACUAAGCUUCUUCGAUCGAGCUGCCACCAUCACUUCCUCUGAUGAAAAGUUUCUUGACUCACCAAAUCCAUGGAAGCUUUGCACCGUUACCCAAGUGGAGGAGCUGAAGGUCUUGGCAAGAAUGCUGCCUGUCCUUCUAGCUGGCAUAAUCUUUAACACAGCUGAAGCAUUCUUCCCUCUGUUCAUUGAACAAGGAGAGGUCAUGGAUAACCGCAUCGAUAGUUUCUUAAUACCUCCCGCCUCUCUUACAGCCUUCAACUGCCUCUGCAUUAUCAUCCUGGCCCCACUGUACAACAAGGUUCUCAUGCCUAUGGUGAGCAGGAUCACUGGUACCAAGCGAGGGCUGUCGGAGCUACAACGCAUCGGUGUUGGUAUGGUUUUCGCAAUCCUAUCACUGUUUUCAGCUGCAAUAGUUGAGAUGGUGCGUCUAGACAUCGCAAAGAAGAAAGAUCUAGUGUCCCAGAGUGCUUUGGUUCCAAUGAAUAUACUGUGGCAGGCACCACAAUACUUCUUUGUAGGUGUGGCAAAGGUGUUUAGCGUGGUUGGUUUCAUCGAAUUCGCCUAUGAGCAGUCACCAGAUGCCAUGAGAAGCUUAUGCCAAGCUUGCUCUCUCAUCAUGGUCACACUUGGGAGCUACCUUGUGUCUGUUAUGUUAAAGUUUAUCAAUUCAAUAACAGAGGGAAGUGGGAGCCAUGGCUGGAUCCCAGUGAACCUCAACGAAGGGCGUCUUGAUCAGUUAUUCUGGUUGAUGGCAGGAUUGCAUCUGCUGAACCUUCUUGCAUUUACCUAUUGUGCCAUGAGGUACAAGCGCAAAAUAGCUACAUAAGUCUUGAGGGUAAGUAGGGUUGCUGAAGUACUAUGUUAAGUUAUGACAUUUGUGCUAUUUGCUAUAAGAAAUGUUCCGGAAAAAAGGUCUAUUUUGAAAUAUUUAAUGAACUAGUGGAAUUGGUUUGAAAA